AUGAUCACUGAGCGACUCCUAACACUGUUUUAUUUUGGAUCUGUGCUGCAGGUGAUCUUCCUUCAUGGGUUAGGAGACUCAGGGCAUGGGUGGGCCGACAGUUUGACGGGGAUCCAGCUGCCUCACGUCAAGUUCAUCUGCCCCCACGCGCCCCCAAUUCCCGUCACUCUCAACAUGAAGUCGACGAUGCCUGCGUGGUUUGACCUCAUGGGUCUCAGCCCCGACUGCCCAGAGGACGAAUCUGGAAUCAAGAAGGCAGCAGACAACAGUGAGUUCAAUGUUUAAAUGCUGGUCCAUUAG